AGCCCAUCCAGACUUCCGAGUGUUUGACUCUUUAACGUCAAUCUGGAAUCUGAAGUGGCGUCGCUAUUCCUCGGUUCAAUCGCCACGCCGAAAAUCCCUGAACCGAACUUUUUCUUCGAUCACCUUCAAUCGAACAUUUCGGGGCCGCAGUCUGGCUGUCGCCGGCUAUCCCAAUGCGACACUUGUUUCACCAUGAACUUUUUCCGAAUGUUUUAUUUGGUUAAGUCACAACAAGUCAAGGAACCCUUUGAAUGGGUCUGUAUUUUUCACGCUGCAACACUGCAAAACAUAUCCCAUUACACUUACAUACAUUAUGAUUGCACGGAUGAAAGCCAAACUGAAACUGAAACGGAAGGAGGAACCAGUUUACAACAAAUGUGAAUCCUCCCAUGGCGUGCAUUGCUUGUUUCACAUCACUUUGCUCGCAGCGGGAUGCUCACCUCCGGAAGGGGAGAACUACAUACAACUUGCAUACCAUCAUUCCUGUGGCACACACACACACACACACACACCCGCGUCUGGCUAGGAUUAGCAGCAAUAUUUAAUAAUCGUUGCUCGAGGGGAAAAGUCCGCAGAUCAACACGAGUAAUCAAUCGAGACACAGUAGUUGCGUUGAAGCCGAGAAUUCAGAACCGAAAAAUGCAUAAAUUUGCAACUGGACAGAUUUUUGCGACAAUUUGCUGCAUGUCGCUUCUUCCCCAGUUGCUGUAUAGAUCGAUAGCCAACGGGCAGCAUCAGCCAGGGGACGAAACCUGUGAGACGCUACCUUCCGAGAUUCAUCUGAUCAAAGAGGAAUACGACGAGCUCGGGCGUCUGUAUCGGACCUGCAAUGGCGAUGUCACGGUGAACAAAUGCGAAGGUAAAUGCAACAGCCAGGUGCAACCGUCCGUGAUCACCGCAACAGGGUUCCUCAAGGAGUGCUACUGCUGUCGGGAAUCGUUCCUGCGAGAGAGGCAGCUUCAGUUGACCCACUGCUACGAUCCGGAUGGUGUCCGCAUGACUGACCACGAGUCCGCCACCAUGGAGAUUCGCCUCAAGGAACCGAUCGACUGUAAGUGCUACAAGUGUGGUGAUUUGGUUCGCUGAAGAAUGUGAUAAAACAACGUGCGCGCCCACAAAAUGAUGUCCCCCCAAAAAGUUUGACCUUUGAUUCGAUUCGAUGAUUGUCGUCGUCGUCGUCGGUGCCCAUAGCUACUCGUGAUAUGAAUGAUUACAUUCGGCGUUUGGAGUAAAUGCCCUCCGGAAGAGGAAAAUGUUAUAAAUCAGUUAUAGUUGUGAAUAAAACAGAUUAUAUGGAAGUGAA